CCAUCCCACCCCCCUCUCCCCUCCAUCCGCAGCCUCGGGAGCGGCUCCAUCGCGGCCGCUCCAUCCCGGGAACCCCGCUCCCGCGGGAGCUCCGCUUGCGCAUCCCGGGAGAUCCAUCGCCCCCCGGGGUGGGCCGAGCCCCCCGCCCCCGCCGAGCCCCCCCGGUUCUCCGGGGCUGAUCCCUCCCUUCCCGGGGUGCGCCGAUGGGCUCUCCCAGCGCUCCGUGUGCGCGGCGGAGGCUGCGGCGGUAGCGCCGGUACCCGGCAGCUCCCGGCGCUCCGCUCCGCUGCCGGAGCAUCCUUUUGCUCUCCGCAUCCCUUCCCGAGCAUCCUUCCUCUCCGGAGCAUCCUCCCUCUCCGGAGCAUCCCUCUCGCCGGCGCCGGGAAGGAGCUGGAGCGGGGCGAGGGCUGAGCCAGGUCCAGGCUGGCAUCCAGGGUCCUCCCACACCCCGUUCCACGGAUGGGUAGCUCCACCACCCCUCUCCCCUCACCCCGGGCCUGAGGGCGCAGCCCCCCACGCAGAGACCCCCCCGUGCCCCGCCAGCGCCCCGUGCCAGCCCGAGGCCACCAUGGACGAGUCGUUCCGGGACCGGACCGCGUUCAUCCGCGGCGCCAAGGACAUCGCCAAGGAGGUGAAGAAGCACGCGGCCAAGAAGGUGAGCCGGGGAAUGGACCGAGUGCAGGACGAGUACACCCGGCGCUCCUACUCCCGCUUCGAGGAGGAGGAGGACGACGAAGACUACGCGCCCCAGGACGGCUACUACCGGGGGGGCGAGGGGGCCAACGAGGAGGAGGGGGUGUCCAGCGACGCCACCGAAGGCCACGAUGAGGAGGAUGAGAUCUACGAGGGCGAGUACCAAGGGAUCCCCCGGCAGGAGUCGCUGAAGGGGGGGGAGCGCCUGGGGGCCGCGGCGGCCGCCGGCGCGUUCGACGACAGCGAGGGGCAGCGGAGGAAGGACCGGGAGGAGCUGGCGCAGCAGUACGAGCUCAUCCUGCAGGAGUGCGGCCACGGCCGGUUCCAGUGGACCCUCUACUUUGUCCUGGGCCUGGCCCUCAUGGCUGAUGGCGUGGAGAUCUUCGUGGUGGGCUUCGUCCUGCCCAGCGCCGAGAAGGACAUGUGCCUCUCCGACUCCAACAAGGGCAUGCUGGGACUCAUCGUGUACCUGGGCAUGAUGGUGGGCGCGUUCGUGUGGGGCGGGCUGGCCGACCGGCUGGGCCGAAGGCAGUGCCUCCUCAUCUCCCUCUCCGUCAACAGCGUCUUCGCCUUCUUCUCCUCCUUCGUCCAGGGCUACGGCACCUUCCUCUUCUGCCGCCUGCUCUCGGGCGUGGGCAUCGGCGGCUCCAUCCCCAUCGUCUUCUCCUACUUCUCGGAGUUCCUGGCGCAGGAGAAGCGCGGGGAGCACCUGAGCUGGCUCUGCAUGUUCUGGAUGAUCGGGGGCAUCUACGCGUCCGCCAUGGCCUGGGCCAUCAUCCCCCACUACGGCUGGAGCUUCCAGAUGGGCUCUGCGUACCAAUUCCACAGCUGGAGGGUUUUUGUCCUUGUCUGCGCCUUCCCCUCGGUCUUCGCCAUCGGGGCGCUCACCACCAUGCCGGAGAGCCCACGCUUCUACCUGGAGAACGGGAAGCACGACGAGGCCUGGAUGGUGCUGAAGCAGGUCCAUGACACCAACAUGAGGGCCAAGGGCCACCCCGAGAGGGUCUUCUCGGUCACCCACAUCAAGACCAUCAAGCGGGAGGACGAGCUCAUCGAGAUCCAGUCGGACACCGGGACGUGGUACCGGCGCUGGCUGGUCCGAUGCCUCAACCUGUCCCAGCAGGUCUGGAGCAACUUCCAGCAGUGCUUCGUGCCCGAGUACCGGCGGGUGACGCUGAUGAUGAUGGCGGUGUGGUUCACCAUGUCCUUCAGCUACUACGGGCUCACCGUGUGGUUCCCGGACAUGAUCAAGCACCUGCAGAGCAUCGAGUACGCGUCGCGCACGAAGCUCUUCACGCGCGAGAAGGUGCGGCACUUCACCUUCAACUUCACCCUGGAGAACCAGGUGCACCGUGGUGGGGAGUACUUCAACGACAAGUUCAUCGGGCUGAAGAUGAAGUCAGUGACGUUCGAGGACUCGCUCUUUGAGGAGUGUUACUUCGAGGACAUCACUUCCAGCAACACCUUCUUCAAGAACUGCACCUUCAUCUCCACCGUCUUCUACAACACAGAUCUGUUCGAGUACAAGUUCAUCAACAGCCGGGUGGUGAACAGCACGUUCCUGCACAACAAGGAGGGCUGCCAGCUGGACUUCAGCGACGACAACAACGCCUACAUGAUCUACUUCGUCAGCUUCCUGGGCACCCUGGCUGUGCUCCCUGGGAACAUCGUCUCGGCCCUGCUCAUGGACAAGAUCGGCCGCCUGCGCAUGCUGGCCGGCUCCAGCGUCAUGUCCUGCAUCAGCUGCUUCUUCCUGUCCUUUGGGAACAGCGAGUCUGCCAUGAUCGCCCUGCUCUGCCUCUUUGGGGGGGUCAGCAUCGCCUCCUGGAACGCGCUCGACGUGCUCACCGUGGAGCUGUACCCCUCUGACAAGAGGACGACGGCGUUCGGCUUCCUGAACGCUCUGUGCAAGCUGGCAGCCGUGCUGGGCAUCAGCAUCUUCACCUCCUUCGUGGGCAUCACCAAGGCCGUGCCCAUCCUGUUCGCCUCGGCUGCGCUGGCCCUCGGCAGCUCCCUGGCCCUCAAACUGCCCGAGACAAGGGGGCAGGUCCUGCAGUGAUGGGGGGCUGGGGGAGAGGGACCCCCCCUUCCGCGGGGUGCCCCCCAAAUCCAGCGUUUUGCCCCCCCCACUCCUCCCUCUCUCCUCGUGCCCCUGGGAUUAGUCGCGUUAGACACUGUGAAAUGUCUUGGAGCAUUUGGGAUCUUUUUCAUUUGCACUUGGACCCCCCCCCAAAAAAAAUCACCUUGUACCCCCAAAAUUUCCCUGAUACCUCCAGCUCCCCCCCAAAAUUCCCCUCAGACCCCUCCUCAAACCUCCAAUUCUCCCCCCCAGUUUCUUUUCUUGGUGUCAUCCCCUGUGUGCUGCUCAUUCCUGGGGGGCUGUGGGACAGGAUUGAGGGGGGGCCCUGGCCCUCUGAGCCCCCACACCUCUGUGCACCCCCCCAAAUCCCUGCUGAGCCGAGGAGCAGGAGGAUGAAGUGUAUUGGGGGGGGAUGCCCCCCUGUGCCUCAGUUUCCCCAUCCCUGUGGAGGGCAACCAGCAGGAUCCCCCAUGAAUUUUUUUGGGGGGGCAUCUGGGGGUGCCAAGAGCCCUUGGGGUGCCUCAGCAAUGCCUGGGGGUGGGGGAGCAGAGAAUAUUGGGGUGCUGGGGUACAGAAUCCCCUUGACAAUUUUAGGGUGCCCCCCCCUUAUAAAGCACAUGCUCCCCCCUUUCCCCCCCCAAUUUUUGGGGUGCCCAACUUUCAGGGUGCAAAGCACAUCCCCCCCCCCCCCCGCCACCCCCCAGCCCCAAACCUUGGAAUCAUUUGGGGUGCAGCAGCGGGGGACCCCCAAAACUGCCAGGUAGGGAUUUUUAACUGAUUUUUAAAGGAUUUUCCCUAUUUGAGGGAGGCUGGUGUGGGUUCGGGGGGGGCUCCCUGCACCCCCUUUUCCUCCUCCCAGCACCCCAUGCCCCCCCCCACAUCCCCUAUUAAUACCCCCCCCUUUUACCUCCCCCCACCCCAAAACCACCAGCGGUUUGCAAAGCACAAACAAAGCCCCUAUCCCCCCUCCCAAAAAAAAAAAAAAAGGGGGUACAAGGGGUCCCCAGUGCUCAAAUCGGGGUUCAGGGGGGGUCCCCAGUGCUCAAAUCGGGGUUCAGGGGGGUCCCCAGUGCUGUGCCCCCUCAAAACUUGGGGUUUGGGGGGGUCCCCCAUGCUCUGCCCCCUUCCCACAGGGCUGGGCAGGGUUGGUCAGAGCUGGGGAGCCCCCCCACCCCCAGGGCAGCCCCCCACCCCCAUUCCAAGCAGCCCCCCGUGUGCUUUGUCCCCUCCUUGGUGUAGCUGGUCCUUGGGGGGCCCCCCCCGGCCCCCCCCUGUAGCUCUGUCGUGCCGUGCUGUAGUUUCAGGUGUUUGUAAAUUAAUUAAAAUGGAAAAAAAACCAAAAAA